AUGGACAUCAUAAACAACGUAUUCAGACUGUAUCUCGAUAAGUUUGUCAUUGUGUUUAUCGAUGACAUUCUUGUUUAUUCGAAAACGGAGGAGCACAAACAACAUUUGAAGAUUGUUUUGGAGACCUUGUUGGAGAAACAACUUUAUGUGAAGCAGUCUAAGUGUGAUUUCGAGUUAACGGAGGUACAAUUCUUAGUUCACGUGAUUUUCGGUGAUGGAAUUCAUGUUGGUCCCAGCAAGAUCAAAGCAAUUUUGAAAUGGGAACGACCCUAG